AGGGCAGGGAAAGCUAUCCCUAAGAAGGCAUCCCUGCGCUGAACGUCAGCUGAAUCCCUUUCUCUUUCCCUUUCCCUCUCUCUUUCUCUCUCUUCCCCCUUUAAUUCUUCUCUACCUUUCUCUCUUCCCUGUUCCUCUUCCCCUUUAUGCAAAACCCUCUGCCGUGCGCUUUUCCUGCAUGUCAGGGACUAACUAACACCAACUCCUAUGCCGAAUGCAUGAUUUCCUAAUCAAAUUUUCUGGUUGUUUGCGAGUCCUAUCCCCUGGGUCCCUUCCGACCAAGCGCAUUUACGAGUUUGGAACGAGUUUCGUUUCCCCUUACGGCUGGCUAGCCAGACCGCCGCUUCCGCAUCCCGCUCCGCUCCGUGACGUCACCGCCGGUGGCGGGUGCGGGUCCCGCCCUGCAGUCGCCGUGCUCGGGAGUCGCACGCGGGUGCCUGGUCGUCCGCCCGCAGAUGGAAAUGUCAGAAGAUGAUAAUAACAUGGAAGAAUACCCCACUGAAAUUCAUGAUUAUCUCACAGCAUUUGAAAAGUCUCUUGGUUCUGUAGAUGAGAUGCUGAAGACAAUGAUGUCAGUUUCUAGGAGUGACCUUUUGCAAAAGUUAGAUCCUCUUGAGCAAGCAAAGCUGGACUUGGUUUCGGUGUACACAUUAAAUUCUAUGUUCUGGGUAUACCUGGCUACCCAGGGUAUCAAUCCAAAGGAACAUCCAGUGAAACAAGAGCUGGAGAGAAUAAGAACAUACAUGAACAAGGUCAAAGAAAUAGCAGACAAGAAAAAGGCAUCCAGACUCGAUAAAGGAGCUGCUUCUAGAUUUGUAAAAAAUGCACUCUGGGAACCAAAUGCAGAAAACGAACAUAUUUCCAGAACUCCUGAUAAAGGAAAAAAGAGGCAGAGGGACUAAAUCUUUUUUUCCCCUAAUAAGGAUUGCAGACACCUAGAACUUACUUGGAAAUGUUUUGCAUACUGCAUGCAUCUCAUGGAAGUGCUGUAUAACAGAUUAAUUUAUACUUACAAAUUUUACAAGAUUGUAUUUUUUCCAGAACAUUUGUCACUGAGGUGAUCGCAUUUAUUGUGUAUCUAAAAGUGCCAUUUGAUGCACAUUGAACAUUUCAUUACUCAAAUGAUAAUGAUCUGAUAUAUACUUGCUGGUAAUAAAUACUAGGGAUGUUUUGUUUAUAAUGCCUAUGAAUUCAAUUUUUUAAAUGAUUUAUUGGCACUUUUUUUUUAAUGUCCUCAAUCUCCUCAGUAUUAAAAAGUUUCAAACACUGCUA